UGACCAACUCGAACAGCGAGCGGUUCUGCCUUGCGCAUGCGCAGUGCUGUGCUCCGUGCGGCGUUCCGCUGAAGGGAUGAGGGCAGUGGAUUCAUGAACAACAGACCCAGAUGCUGAUGAGAGAAGCGCGGCUACACGGGGGACGCACGGUGUCAGAGAAUGCCACCGCAGGAAAAGAGUUUCCACCCAUUGGCUCUGAGGAAACGCAUCUUUGUCUCAUUGACUAGGUUCUUUGUUUUUGACUUGAAGUCAUAACUGCAGUUAAUGCUGCAUAUCCUGACGUUACAAUGCCAGCGGGGCUAAAUGCGCAAGGCAGCGGUAUACCAAUCUCAGAUGCGACGGGAUCAUUUAAGAGGAGGAAAAGAAAGUCCAUCAUAGUAACAGUGAUGCUCCUAAUUGUCUCCAUACUCAUCCUGGUCUUUGGUCUGGCCGCUACUACCAGGACACAAAACAUCACUGUCGGUGGCUACUAUCCAGGAGUCAUUCUCGGCUUCGGGUCCUUUCUGGGAAUCAUUGGUGCUCAUUUGAUAGAGAAUAAGAGGCAGAUGCUGGUGGCCUCCAUUGUCUUCAUCAGCUUUGGUGUGGUGGCGGCCUUCUGUUGUGCUAUAGUGGAUGGCGUUUUUGCUGCAAGACAUAUAGACCUCAGACCUCUAUAUGCUGGCCGAUGUGAAUAUUACUCCAGCGGGAACGCGUUUGAUAUAGAUGUUCACUGUCAAACCGCAUCUCGCAUCUCCUGUAACCUGCGUGUGAAGAGCAACACCUGCUACUGCUGUGAACUUUACAACUGUGGCAAAGAGCAUCCUCUUAUGGGACUUCAGAAUAAAGAGGUUUUGAAAAAAUUUAGGAAAUCAUCCAUGAUUUGGAAUCGAGUGGAACUGCGAGGAGGGUACCACGAGUACACAGAGGUGCGGAGCUGCCAGGACGUUGUGCAUCUUUACCACCUGCUGUGGUCUGCUACUAUCCUCAACACUGUUGCUCUGUUUCUGGGCAUCAUCACUGCCGCAGUGCUGGGGGGAUUCAAGGACAUGAUGCCUACAGCAGCACCAGAUUCCUGUGAGCCAGAACCUCUCCCUAUUCCUCCGGCCCCAGAAACUCCUGGACCCACAGCAUCCAACAACUCUUUUUACAACACUGACCCUUGCUUACCUCCAUACACUGCCUAUGACCUUCAGGGUGCCAGCAUGUUUCCUCACUCUUCAGUCCUGUCUGAUGACUCGCAGUCUGGAGCCAGUCAUAUGUGGCCAAAUAUGAUCCCGCCUCGUUAUUCUCCUCCUCAUCAUCAACCUGAUGAGAAGCCCCCACCAUAUAGCCCCUAAGGGACCAGUCUAAGGAAGACAUUUUCCUGGCAAGAGAGAACUGGAAUUGGGCAUCUUUGGAUAUUGGAUCAUCAUUGAACAAUAAUUGUUCUGGAUGAACGACUUUCAGAGGAGGAGGUUCACCUGUGCAGUGGGUUAAGUAAAGAUAGACUACAGCAUUAACCACGCUCUUUCAUCACCAUUCAGCAUAUGAAAUAUGCCACAUUAAACCUUGAAAGGAUUCGCUCAAGUCAAACCCAGUGUGUCAAAUAUUCAGAUGAUGUAGCCUCGAACCAAGAGGACUAUACCUGAUAACAACUAGCCUGAAUAUGAGAUCAAGACUGUUCACAGAUAAGCCUUAAAAUGUGUGUCCGCUUCCAGUAGGCUCCACCUGGCUCGCCUCUUCUUCCCGUUAUAGGUAACGUCUAUGGGUCGCCUACUUGAGUUUCCUUUGCAUAACUCCAUAAUAUGAACAUUUCCCUUCCAGAGUGGCACAAAGUGUUUCGCAUCGCCUCUGCUCUCUCGGCAUGAGGAUGAGUCUCUUAUCUUAUCUAGUAAUUAAUUUGCACUUUACUGUCUUCAGUAUUGACUGUAUUCACACAGUUCUAGAUAAUUACUCAAGUUAUUUUUAACUGUUUCAGGCAGCUAGAUUGCAAAGAAUUGUACAUAUAUUUAGGCUGAAUCUUAUUUUUGUCCUCAGUGCUUCAUUAGUAUCUAAGAUCCAACCUGUAAUAUGUGGUGUUUCUUCUGCUUUACAUCAAGCACACAGUCAUGUCACAAAUUCGAUUAACCUUUUGUGGAAAAAAUAUCCUUUGCUUGAUUCAUGCAAAGUAAUAAGCUCUUACAUAGUGAUAUGAAGAAUGAGAGGGCUUUCAAAACUUGUAUAUUUUUUCACAUUUGUCCGCUGUUCUGUGUUGCCGACAGGACUUACCUAUCUAAAAAAAAAGGAGGCUUAGCUUUAUAAAUAACCAUCAUAUUAACCUACAUUGUUCACUAUGUAAUAAUUAGAAUUUCCCUCCACAGUGCAAAUAUAUCAGUGUGUGCAAUGUUGUAUAUGUUGUACAUAUACCGAACAAUCAAACUGCCUUCUAGUAACACAACAGAAUCGAGUCUUAAGACUAAGUGUUCUCCUUUUUGUCCGUUUGUGUGUUCACUGUGAAUGUCAUGUCUAUACACUGUACUUCAUGUGCUUGAUUUAUAUAAAGAACACUGUCCUUUACUGCUGUGAGUAGAGAUAUUACUUCAAAUUCAAUUAUUUUAUUACUUCCUAUUUGACAUUUGGAGGCAGUCACAUUCUAUAAAGAAAACUCGUAAAGUGGAUCUUUGUCUUGUUUGUUCAUUUUUGACCACAUUCAUGUAGCAUGUUUACAUUUGAUGUUAAAAAAUUAAAAUAAAAAGACUGAUAGUUCAGCUUAGUAUUGAAUAUAAGUUGUAUAGCAGGAAUAAACAUUUUGCUUCAUUUAUCACACUGCAUUUCCAAACAUGUCCAUUGGCACUUGACCAUUGAAUCCAUUUUAACCCUCAUCCACUUAUAUUUAUGAAUCAGUGCAUUAUAAUAUGUACAUCGACAAGAUCCACUCUAUAACAGAGGCAGGAAUGUUUAUAUUGACUCGUGGUUAUCAAACUGAAAAAUACUAAUCACUUUCAUCAUGCUGCUGGAAAUAAAAGAAAUACAUGUGCACUUUCUUCAAAGUUUUAUUUAAUUCUAUAUCACACUAAGACCUGAUAAUAAAUAGGUUCCAAAAGGGAAGAAAGUGUUAAAAUGAAGGUCUUCAGUACUAUCAUGUACAUUGUUAUGGUGUUAAAGCACUAGUUCUGACUGAAGGAAUCUCGUUGUAUUCACAGAUUCUUCUCUCAGUCCACAAAGCUAAAAUAACUGCUAAAACUAUGCUGAAAAAAUAAUUUUUAAAAACGACAUGUACAAAAUAUUCAACCGUAAAGUAGAGGUCCUCUGUAUUACCAACAUGACCCUUUGAUUACCCUGAACAAUUCAGUAUCUUGUUUCUCUAGACAUGAGUGGAGGAGGCAUGAAUAUCUCUCUUCAGGUCUUGAGUACUGUCUGGGGAAAUAUAUCAGGAUAUAUGGCCAGCAUAUAAAUAAACAAAACAAUAAUUACUGGACAGAGGACAUUACAAAUUUCACAUAUUUACUCCAUCCUUCUU